AUGCCAUACUUCCUUAGCCGCGUACAUGCAAAUCCCAACGAGUUCCCAGCUGUAAUAGCCGCAGAGCGCUACGCCUUUGAAAACCCCAUCCAACCAGUCUUCCGCCUUUACUGCCCUCUACUCAACAACAGCCUGGAGGAAACGAUAUCCGCAACCGCAGAAGAAGCACGAAAGAAAAACUUAGAAAAGGCACCCUCAAACCCAACCUCAACCUGGCUCCAAGUGACUGGCUCAAAAGAAACACCCCACCCACCAAACGAGCCGAUCCUCGGCGGCGCAGAAUGGAUCCUCAUACCAGAAAACACCUCCACCCCGCAAACCCUCGAAGCAGAAAUUCAAUCCCUGUCACUCCGCCACCCAGCAGGCGGAGCCCGCAUCUUCGCUGAACAAGCGUUCCGGACCCUCCGAACAGCCGAGUUCGAAACACGAGAACGCUACUCUGGCAAAAAAGCCUAUAUGACACUCGGUAGCUGUUUUACCAUUCCGGAAUACCGCAGGAAGGGUAUCGCCUAUAUGCUUAUGGAGUGGGGUUUGGAAAGGGCGGAUGAGGGCGGGCUUGAUAUUUGGAUUGAAGCUGCGCCGAAUGCUGUACCGUUUUAUGAGAGGUGUGGGUUUGAGAAGAGAGUUACUGUUUUUUUGGACUUUAAGUGUCCAGAUGGGUUGACGGAUGUUGAAAAGAAGGAGUGGGAGGUUGCUAGGGGGGCUAUAUUACCGAUUACUACUGUUAUUAUGGGGCGGAUGUGUAAAUCUGGCGGGAUUGAGGAGUUUGAUCGAUAG